GCUCAGGGCGCCACCAUGAAAACAUCGAGCUCCCCUCUCUGGCAAAUACCCGGCUACAGUAUGUUCUUUGGCUUCCUCGUUAUUUUUGCCAGUGGCUCACUUGGACAAGAGCCUUCCCCCCAACCCACCAAAGAGACAAACAUUUCUGAAUCUUCUACCGUGCUGGGUUCGAUUUCCGUUAUGUCAACAAGUGUCCCAUUUCCUUCCACUGAAGUUCCCAACACGACGAUGACGACUAAGGACACAGGGAGUGAUGUCUCUUUGAAGGCACCCCCUGUUUCCAAAGUGUUGGUCGCCACAUCCAGCAACAACGAGAAAAAGUCAAUAAGUACACUGGCUCUUGAACAGCACUCUACAUCUAAGCAUUUGGAACCAGUCACCAUCCCAGAACGAAAGGAAACGGCAACAGCCAAACAGACCAAACUGGCUGACAAUACCACAGACGUCUAUACCUCCACCGAUCCAGAAACAACCACAGCAGUUGCAAGUACCUUAACUGAAACGGAAAAAACCAAAGCAGUUGGAAAAUCCCCAACAGCUGUUGGAGAGUCGACGUCCUCUAACACAACAGAAGCAACUGUUAGGAGCACCUACCUCCUACCAAGAAGUAGGAAGGGAGAACAAGAAACGAGUACACCAGGGCAGGAUGACCCCACAGCACGUGAUACCGGCAGCAGGAGGCCUGAAACCCAGUCCACAAUUGGGGCAUCCACCAUUAAAGCAUCAGAAGCUGAUAUUGGGGUGACAGACAGCCCUUUGAAGGGAUCCGGAGCAGGAACUGCGAAGCCUACCAGUAAUUAUACUAACGUGACCCCAAGCCCUUCAAAAGUCUCCAGAGGAGUAACGGUGGCCAUAGUCCUCAGUAUUCUGUUGCUCCUGGUUUUCCUAGUUGCCAUCCUGUUCUGCUGGCGGCGGCGCCACUCGGGUUCGACCAGCUUCAAGACGGCAGGGUGGGCAGGGCAAGCGGACCUCCUGGAUGAUGCCGGGUUGGAUAAAGAGCUAGAGCAAGGGGCGCUGACCGCAGGGGAAGGGGCGACAAGACGUGCCACCCUCACCACUUUCUUUGGCAAGCGUCAGUCCAGGGUGCCUUCCGUAGCCAUGGAAGAAGUCGACAAGAAAGAGACCGGCGACGGAGAAGAGGCCCGGCCUCUGAUCGAUGGGGGUGCUAGCAAGGUCUCCGGUCUGGAAGGGUCUGGGGAAUCAAACGGUAAACUUCCCGAGCCCGCCGCGCGAUGCUCUCAAGAGACGGAGUUCCCUCCACCACCAGCCAACCAGGAGCAGACUCCUCCUGCGCAACCAGAAUAG